AUGGCUUCCGAACCUCGACAAUACCAUCCUCUCACCUGCCACGGCCAUUCCCGACCUGUUCCUCAUAUCGCCUUCUCUGGCUUUGAGAAGGAAAAUGAGAAGGAGAUCGAGAAGAAGACCGACAGCUUCUUUCUGAUCUCAGCCUGCAAAGAUGGCAACCCUAUGCUUCGAAACGGCAUGACUGGCGAUUGGAUCGGCACUUUCAUCGGUCACAAGGGUGCUGUUUGGCAAGCUAGACUGAGCCCUGAUACCUGCAGCGCAGCGACUGCAUCGGCUGAUUUCACGGCCAAAAUUUGGGACACCUACUCCGGCGAGUUGCUCUAUACGCUCCAACACGAUCACAUUGUCCGUGCGAUUGCCUACCCUCCCGACAACUCGGAUCUUAUCGCGACCGGCGGUUUCGAGAAGAAGUUGCGCAUCUUUGAUCUCUCCGAGUUGUCUUCUACUGGGUCCCCUGCUACAAUCCCCGCCUCCGCUGGCUUCGAGAUCGGCGAAGGCGUUCAUACUGGUUCGAUCAAGUUCAUUUGCUGGACCCAGGACCCUAACAUUGUUGUGACCGCAUCCGACAAGACAAUUCGAUGGCUCGACCUGCCUAGCCGGGCCUGCAUCCGACAUGAAGUUCUUGAUGGAGACAUCAAGUCUUGCGAGAUGGUGUCACUGGAUUCCCAGUAUGCUUCCCCUACCGACAUUGGUGGCGGACUACCAGUUCUCGCUGUUGCUGCUGGCAAGACGGCGUACUUUUGGGGUGGCCGCAAUGCUAUGGAUGAGCUCAAACGCUUUCCUCUGACCUACACUAUCGCUAGUGUUGCGCUCGAUCUCAAGGGUCGCAAGCUAGUUGUCGGCGAGGAGCCCGGCACAUGGGCCAAGGUUAUCCGAUACGACGAUGGAAAGGAACUCGAUGUACACAAAGGACAUCACGGACCUAUCUGGUCAAUUGCAUUUUCGCCUGAUGGCAAGAUGUAUGCUACAGGAUCGGAGGAUGGUACCAUCAAGCUUUGGAAGAAUUGUGAGGGCUUCUACGGGCUCUGGCGCGGAGGCGGAGAGAGAGUCGCAGAAUAG